AUGCACUAUUAUGAAAGUCAAGAAAAGGGAAAAGUGAAUUGGUCAAAGACCUUUGAUCAAGGUCUAUGCCAUGAGCCAGCCAUUGUCCUUUAUAACAAGUCUGCCACUAGCUUGAUUGUCUCUGAGCAUCAGCAUUACUUUUCACACUGGUUCUUGAUUAGUUCAAUAGCCUUUGAGCAUUGGCUGUCACUUCUGGACACCAUUGCUUCACUAGUGUACACUUGUGUUAUUAAGUCCAAAGGCUUUGCCAUUUACUGGAAGAAUGGCAAGUUUAUAUCUCAUCCCAAGAUUCCUUUAGAAUCCCUCAAAGCACUGGAUGCAAACCCAGCUUCAACACCACCAGCUUCAGCAACCUCACUGGAACUCUCUCUUUACACAGCUGCCUGGUCUCCUAACCCCCAGCCUACUGCCUCAGCAUUUAUUGCUGCUCUAGUCUCUGAAUUACUAGCAUACCAUAUGACUUACUAUGCAGAGUGUCAUCAUGAGAUAAUGGCUAACAAUUAUGUGGGCUGGGAUAAGCUUAGCAAUCAGCUGAUUAUGAUUGCAAAUACAACUCUUGUUGAUGAAUGCAUGUCUAUUCCACUUGCCAGUCAAAGGAUCAUCCUAGCAAGUCCUGCACAAAUAAGGAUAAAUGAUGUUGAGACAGAGUGA